ACAAUGGAUUCUCCGGUGGUAGCUGUGAAAGAUAACAAGCUAUUAAAGGGAGCUUUUGCUGUCGGCGGAAUCAUGGUUACUCUCGUAAUCUAUGGUGUUUUGCAGGAAAAGCUCAUGAGAAUUCCGUAUGGGCAAAACAAAGAAUUUUUCACAUUCUCACUAUUUCAAGUCUUCUGCAAUCGUCUUACGACCUCAGCUGUAUCUGCUGCUUCUUUAGUGGCGAGUAAGAAAGCUUUGGAUCCUGUUGCCCCUGUUUAUAAGUACUGCUUGGUGUCUGUAACAAAUAUUCUAACCACAACAUGCCAGUAUGAAGCGCUUAAAUAUGUCAGUUUUCCUGUCCAGACUCUCGCAAAAUGUGCCAAAAUGAUACCAGUCAUGAUUUGGGGUUCUAUAAUCAUGCAGAAAAGAUACAAGGGGCUAGAUUAUUUGUGGGCUGUCCUUGUAACCGUUGGAUGUUCUGUGUUUAUUCUGUAUCCGGCAGGAGAUGAUAUCAGCCCCUACAAGAAAGGGAGAGAGAGCACGGUUUGGGGUAUGUCCCUCAUGGCCGGCUAUCUUGGAUUUGAUGGCUUUACAAGCACAUUCCAAGACAAAUUAUUCAAAGGUUACAAUAUGGAAAUACACAACCAAAUAUUUUAUACAACAUUGUGCUCCUGUGUGCUAAGUUUGACUGGACUUGUAUUGCAAGGGCAACUUCUAGCAGCUAUAGAUUUUAUUCAUAGACACAAUGAUUGUUUAUACGAUAUUGUAUUGCUCUCUAUUGUAGCUACUGCUAGUCAGUUCUUCAUUUCUUAUACAAUUCGGACCUUUGGUGCUCUCACUUUUGCGACCAUAAUGACUACAAGACAGCUUAUCAGCAUCCUACUCUCAUGCCUGUGGUUUGCUCAUCCUUUAAGCCCAUUACAAUGGCUUGGAGCAGUUAUUGUCUUCGGGUCACUAUAUGCGAAAAGCUUCGGGUUGAUAAUUUGGCUUCUCUCCUAUAUUUUCUAAACGGGAAGAUGAAUAGGUUACGUUAUUGUUAAGCAAGUCAGCAGUUCAGCAUGUAUUAGUGUAUUACAUUGUAAAACAUUAUUUGAAAAAAAAAAUAAUGGCAAUUCAGCUAAUUUAUGUGAAAUAUUCCCCCCCACC